AUGCCUAAGACACGGCAGGCCGAGUCCUCUGCGAUGGAUGAAUUGAACGUCGAGCAGCCUGAGCAGAUCGAGACUGCUCCCAUGGAGACUCCGAGCUCGUCAGAGCCACCCGCGGCGAACAAAGAGGACGAUGCUGCGGCUAAAGCGCGCGAAAGGAAGGAUAGAUUCAAGGCUCUCCAGGCCCGAGCUAAAUCUGCCACGGAGCGCAACUUGAAAGAAACAGCGGCGGAGACUCAGCGCCUGGCCACGGAUCCAGGACUACUUAACUCGAUCUCCCGCAAGCAUGCCUUUGCCUCGCACAACCUACUCAAAGCAGACACCGAAGCGGCCGGUGAAGAUUUCGAACGCAAACGCGCUUGGGACUGGACCGUCGAGGAGUCAGAGAAAUGGGACCGGCGCAUGGGAAAGAAACAGCGCCACCGUGAGGAUGUGGCAUUCCAAGACUACACACAAGAUGCCCGAAAAGUGUACAAGCGCCAGUUGCGCGAACUCGCACCCGAUCUCGAAGCAUAUGAAAAGGAGAAGAUGGCCGCUAUCGAGAAGGCAGCUGCGAACGGCGACCUUGAGAUUGUCGAGACGAGCGACGGCGAGAUGAUCGCAAUCGACAAGAAUGGCAGCUUCUACUCUACUGCGGACAGCGUGGGCUUUGCUGAUAACAAACCGAAUCGCGCGAAUGUCGAUAAGCUGGUCAAUGAUAUUCGAAAGGCCGAGGAGGUGCGCUUGAAGAAGCGCAAGGAGCGUCGUGGUGAUGAGGAGGCCGAUGUCACGUACAUCAACGAGAAGAACAAGCAGUUCAACCAGAAGCUGGCCCGUUUCUACAACAAGUACACAACCGAGAUCCGGGACAGUUUCGAACGUGGUACAAUGAUCUAA